GACUCUUAUCAUACGACUUAUCCAGGACAUACAUAUCACUGCGCAUUAUUUUUCGAAAUCCCAAGACUGGAUUCAGUGGACACCAUCUUUUGCGCUUUGCCGCUCGUGCACUUUCCUUCAAAGAGGCUCUUCGAUGAACUACGAAGCAAAUCGGGGAUAUUUCAAUGGCUAUGACGGAUAUGGUAGCGGCUUCAACUUCACCUAUGCUUACGAUAGCAACAUAGGCCAAGAAGUUGUACCUCAGAGCCGAAAUGCAGAUCCUUACGCAGAGGAAUACCCAACAAAUUUCACGCAGCACCCUCGAAAUUAUCAAGUCGAUGCAGGAUCAUAUAGCCUGGGCUAUUCCGAAGCCGGGAAUACGAACCAUUGGCAUCAUGAUACUGACAUUCACGGCGACACCGUUUCACGACAACGGCCUCACUUGAGAACUUCUUCAAAUCGAAACAACCGCAGUGCUGGCCGACGCGACAGACCAACAAUUCAGCCCGAACAGAUUCCAGUUCCUAGCUCCACGUAUCUCCGUCUUGCUGAGCAGCCUUCUGUUCACCUGACGGAUUCGACUCAGACCCGAAAACUCCUUAUACUUGAUCUGAAUGGAACCCUGCUAUACCGGGAGCCCAGAACUAGAGACGGAUACGAUCCUUACGCUCUGAACGAGUCUCGUCCGCUACGACCAACACAUACACGACCAUAUAUGACAUCUUUCAAAGCAUUCUUAUUCCAUCCCGAGACUCGAAAAUGGCUGGAUACGAUGGUUUGGAGCUCGGCUCAAUAUCCCAAUGUCAAGGAUAUGGUCGGCCGGUGUUUUGGCGAAGAGGAGGUUGAAGGUUACGCAGAACACGUAGAGAGUCUGGCAGAUGGAACUGAAAGCCAUAGGGGAGGCUUGGUGGCCCUUUGGGAUCGAAAGUUUCUAGGCCUGAGUGAAACUCAAUAUAGUAAGUUACCGACCCUGUAUCCUAGUCGACUUUCGAAUCCAUAUGUACUUUGACCAGGAAAUAAAUUCCAGACAACGAAA